AUCGAAGAUAAUUGCAGUAUUGCACUACAAUAAUAACUCAUAUCUCAUCGUAUAAAGCUGGUACUGGGAAGUAGCCUUUUCGCCACACCAGAAAACCAUCUUACUUGAAGCAAGACCACUUUCUCAUUUCAUUCCUCUCCCAAUCACAAUAUGUCUGAAGCACUUGUUUCCUUCCUUGUAGAGCAGUUGGGUUCCAUCUUUCUCCAACAGGUGGAACAAAACGUGAGACUUGUUGUGAAUGUCAAAAAAGAAGUACUAAAUCUUACCCUCAACCUCGAGACUAUUCAAGAUGUGCUCGCCGAUGCAGAGAGGAGGCAAGUGAAGGAGGCCAACGUCAGACGCUGGCUCAACAAUCUCAAAGAAGUGUCGUUCGAGAUAGACGAUGUGGUGGACGAGUGGAGCACUGAAAUCCUGAAACAACAAAUCGAGAAACAAGGUGAAAAUGCUGUUGUUCCCAAGAAGAAGGUGUGUUUCUCUAUUCCCUUCCGUUGUUUUUGCAAUGGCCAAGUCCAUCAGAUCAUUUUUCGUCGUGAUAUUGCUGUGAGGAUAAAAGAGCUGAAUGAGAAGUUAGCUUUGAUUCACGAACAACGAAAAUUUUACAAUUUCCAUCGCAAUGAAACAGAAAUUGAGCAACCUGCUCGAUUGAAAAGUUUUUCUAUUGUCGAUAAAUCUGGGACAUUUGGUAGGGACUAUGAAAGGAAUAAACUAGUGAGCCAGUUGGUGAGUGAGAAUAGUGAAGGAAGGAAGAAGCCUCUGGUCAUAUCUAUUGUUGGUUUAGGGGGGAUAGGAAAAACCACUCUUGCCCAACUAGCCUAUAAUGAUGACAAGGUAAAGGGUUGUUUUCAAAAAAGAAUAUGGGUCUGUGUCUCAGAACCCCUUGUACAAAUUGCGGUUGCAAAAGCCAUCCUUGAGGGUCUUGAUGAAAGUGUCCCGAACUCAAAUGAGUUAGAAACAUAUGUUCAACGUAUAUCUAACUCUAUUGAGGGCAGGAAGUUCCUUCUCGUCCUAGACGACGUUUGGGACUCAGAUCAUAGAAAGUGGGAGCCCUUCUUGACAACAUUACUCUGUGGUGCCUCAGGGAGUAGGAUUUUAGUUACAACGCGUAUAGCGCAAGUUGCUAGUGCAAUGGGAACGACUAGCGGUAACACUAUCCAUUUACAGGAGUUGAGUGAAGAAACUUGUCGGUCAUUGUUCUAUCAUAUUGCAUUUUUUGAUGGUGCAAGAAAAGAGUCUGAAAAGUUUGAAGAUAUUGGUAAUAAAAUUGUAAAGAGGUGCAAAGGCUUGCCUCUUGCUGCAAAGACUUUGGGUAGUCUAAUGCGGUAUAAGAAUACAAUAGAGCAAUGGGUAGAUGUUUUGAAUAGUAAGAUCUGGGAAUUACAAGAGUUUGAGCAGCAGGUUUUCCAACCUUUACUACUAAGUUACUAUGAUUUAGAAUCAUUGUCCAAACGUUGUGUCUUGUAUUGUGCCACGUUUCCUAAAGAUUAUGAAAUUGAUAAAGAUGAGUUGAUUGAGUUGUGGAUAUCACAAGAUUAUCUUGAAGUCAAAGGAGGAAACAAAGAGAGAAAAAUAGUCGGUCAAAGGUGUUUUGAAAACUUAGUAAUGCUGUCUUUCUUUCAAGAUUUCAAGGAAGAUGUGCUGGGAAAUAUUACUAGAUGUAAGAUGCACGAUAUUGUGCAUGACUUUGUGCAAUACCUGACCAAGGAUGAGUGCUUUAGUAUGGUGGUUAAGGGUGCUAAUGAGAGAAUGGAGUUACCGGGUGAUGAGGUCCGUCAUUUAUCUUUGAUGUUUGCACCAGAGGGUCCUUUUCCGGUUUCUUUUCUCAACUGUAAGAGUCUUCGCACUCUCACAUGUUUUGAAUCGAAACUUACUAGCAUCGGGGUAGAGUUGAUUUCGCAAUUAAAAAGUCUUAGGAGUUUGAAUUUGAGUGAGAACUCGAUUUUAGAAGUUCCAAAGGAGAUUGGUGGAUUGAUUCAUCUGAGAUAUCUGGACUUGUCGUGGAACUCUGAAUUGAAGGAAUUGCCUGACAGUUUAUGUGAUCUAUACAAUCUGCAAACCUUGCGACUUGUAUUCUGCGGUGAACUUGUCAAAUUACCAGAUGAAGAGGCGAUGAGGAAGCUGACCAAGCUAAAGCAUCUUUAUGUCUGGAGGUGCUGUCGUCUAAAAUCAAAAGGGAUAAGGGGGUUAACCGGUUUGCAGAAGCUGGAUGCGUUUCAUAUAAAUGGUUAUAAAGGUGCCGACAAUGAAGGGACGUCGAAGUUGGAAGAUUUAAAAGACUUGCACCAACUUGAAGGGAGUCUCUACAUUUCACACUUGCAGUCGGUGGAAGAUGCGAGCGAGGCUGUAGCGGCAUGUUUGGGUGAGAAACGUCUUUUUGACCUGAGAUUUGGAAUCGUUGAGUAUCUGGAGGUGUGA